GUGAAUAGAAAAUAUUUAGACUUGAACUACAAAGCAAUGGAUGCAGACUGURUCGAGGUCAUUCAAGUUCAAAGCGAUUUCAAGAGCUUGACUGCAAAGAUCGACAUUCCCAAAGGAACUUUUCUGGGAGAUUUUCGUGGASACGUCACUCGAGAAAAGAGUCGGCACACAAUCCAAGUUGAGCUUGACAUUCAUGUAGAUUGUAUAGGUGGAACUAGGUACGCAAAYCACUCSUGUUCUCCAAACGCCGAGUUAGUUUACCACGCAAGAGAAAACAMAAUCAACCAAGAGCUUUCACGUCGUGGGCAAAGGUUAUGCUGGUAUUUGAUGUCAUGUCGCGAUAUUCUCAAAGAUGAACCGAUAACUAUUGAUUAUAAUUUGAUAGAAUAUACURUGGUAGAAGAGUUUGAUUGCGUUUGUAAAUCUCCAAACUGUCUAAUCAAAAUACAGGGCUUCAAGUAUUUAAGCAAAGACGAAAAAGAAAAACGUUUUCCAUUUGCAUCUCCUGUAGUGCAGAAGAUGUUUGAGAAUGAAAACAAUGCAUUAUGAUUAAAUAUGCGCACUGUGCAUGGACUGCAUGCAUUCAUUUAAAAAUUGAAACAGUCCCAGAUAUUUGACUUUAUUGACAUGAUUUUAAGAA